AUGCGAGGCCGUAUCGGCCUACUUGCCCAAGAUGGAGGAUGGCAGCCGGAUGAACAGGGUCUGCAGCAGGUACUUCAGCUGCUGAAGGACUCCCAGUCUCCAGACACAGCCACACAGAGAGCUGUGCAGGAAAAACUGGAACAGCUCAACCACUUCCCAGACUUCAACAACUAUCUCAUCUUCGUCCUUACAAGCCUCAAAUCAGAGGAUGAGCCGACGCGUUCUCUAAGUGGUCUCAUAUUGAAGAACAAUGUGAAGGCCCACUACCAGAACUUUCCUCCUCUGGUCGCUGACUUCAUCAAGAGGGAAUGUCUCAACAACAUCGGAGAUCCCUCGCCCCUCAUCAGAGCAACCAUCGGCAUCUUGAUAACAACCAUAGCAUCUAAAGGAGAGCUGCAGACAUGGCCUGAACUCCUCCCUCAACUCUGUAACCUGCUCAACUCUGAAGACUACAAUACCUGCGAGGGUUCUUUCGGAGCACUGCAGAAGAUCUGUGAGGAUUCUUCAGAGCUGUUGGACAGUGAUGCUCUCAACAGACCCCUGAACAUCAUGAUCCCCAAGUUCCUACAGUUCUUUAAACACUGCAGCCCAAAGAUCAGGUCUCAUGCCAUAGCGUGUGUGAAUCAGUUCAUCAGCAGUAGAGCCCAGGCUCUGAUGGAUCACAUCGACACCUUCAUCGAGAGUCUGUUUGCUCUAGCGGGGGAUGAGGACUGUGAGGUGAGGAAGAACGUGUGUAGAGCUCUGGUCAUGCUGCUGGAGGUCCGGAUAGACCGACUCAUACCACACAUGCACAGCAUCAUACAGUACAUGCUCCAGCGAACCCAGGACCCAGAUGAGAAUGUCAGUCUGGAGGCCUGUGAGUUCUGGCUCACCCUGGCUGAGCAGCCCGUCUGCAAGGAGGCCCUGUCUGGGCACCUGGUCCAACUCAUCCCUAUCCUGGUGAAUGGGAUGAAGUACUCUGAGAUAGACAUCAUCCUCCUAAAGGGAGAUGUAGAGGAGGAGGACGACACCGUACCAGACAGUGAGCAGGACAUCAAGCCUCGCUUCCACAAGUCACGCACCGUCACCCUGCAACACGAGGGAGGAGAGGGGGAGGAGGGGGAGGACCACGACGAUGACGAUGACGACGAUGACACGCUCUCCGACUGGAACCUGCGGAAGUGUUCAGCGGCAGCGUUAGACGUGUUGGCUAACGUGUUUCGUGAUGAGCUCCUCCCCCACCUGCUGCCCCUGCUGAAGGGCCUGUUGUUCCACCCAGACUGGGUCGUCAAGGAGUCUGGAAUACUGGUGCUGGGGGCUAUCGCUGAGGGUUGUAUGCAGGGCAUGGUUCCCUACCUACCAGAGUUGAUGCCUCACCUCAUUCAGUGUCUCUGUGAUAAGAAGGCCCUGGUGCGCUCCAUCGCCUGCUGGACCCUGUCCCGCUACGCCCACUGGGUGGUCAGCCAGCCCCCCGACUCCCACCUCAAACCCCUCAUGACUGAACUCCUCAAGAGGAUCCUGGACGGGAACAAGAGGGUUCAGGAGGCCGCCUGCAGUGCGUUUGCGACCCUAGAGGAGGAGGCCUGUACAGAGCUGGUUCCCUAUCUGAGCUUCAUUCUGGAUACUCUGGUCUUCGCCUUUGGAAAAUACCAGCACAAGAACCUGCUCAUACUGUACGACGCUAUAGGAACACUGGCCGACUCCGUAGGACAUCACCUCAACCAACCGGAGUACAUAGAGAAGCUGAUGCCUCCUCUCAUCGCCAAGUGGAAUGAGCUGAAGGAUGAAGAUAAGGACCUGUUUCCUCUGUUAGAGUGUCUGUCCUCUGUAGCUACAGCCCUCCAGAGUGGCUUCCUGCCCUACUGUGAACCAGUCUACCAGCGCUGUGUUACACUGGUGCAGAAAACACUGGCUCAGGCUAUGAUGUACAGCCAACAGCCGGACCAGUACGAAGCCCCUGAUAAGGACUUUAUGAUCGUGGCCCUGGACCUCCUCAGUGGUCUGGCUGAGGGCCUGGGGGACGUUGAUCAGCUGGUGUCCCGGAGCAACAUCAUGACACUACUGUUUCAGUGCAUGCAGGACACCAUGCCAGAGGUGAGACAGAGCUCCUUCGCCCUGCUGGGUGAUCUGACCAAGGCCUGCUUCCCUCACGUCAAACCCUGCAUCGCUGAGUUCAUGCCAAUUCUAGGGACCAACCUGAACCCAGAGUUCAUCUCUGUGUGUAACAAUGCUACCUGGGCCAUUGGAGAAAUCUGCAUGCAGAUGGGUGUAGAGAUGCAGCCCUAUGUGUCUCUGGUUCUGAACCAGCUGGUAGAGAUAAUCAACAGACCCAACACACCCAAGACCCUGCUGGAAAACACUGCCAUUACGAUUGGUCGCCUGGGCUACGUGUGUCCUCAGGAGGUGGCUCCGAUGCUCCAGCAGUUCAUCAGACCGUGGUGUACGUCCCUACGGAACAUCCGUGACAACGAGGAGAAAGACUCUGCCUUCAGAGGGAUCUGCAUGAUGAUUGGCGUAAACCCUGGGGGAGUGGUCCAGGACUUCAUCUUCUUCUGUGAUGCCGUGGCGUCCUGGGUCAGCCCUAAAGACGACCUGAGAGACAUGUUCUACAAGAUCCUCCAUGGUUUUAAGGACCAGGUAGGAGAGGAGAACUGGCAGCAGUUCUCAGAACAGUUUCCCCCCCAGCUGAAGGAGAGACUGUCUGCCUGCUACGGCGUGUAGAAACCCCCCCUAACCUAACAUCAGGUGAGCCAGUAGUAGAGGAGGAAGGUGAAAAGGAAUCUCAUCCAUCUGUGUUAAUGCCCUGAACUGAUCUGGGGGGAGGGGAGAGGGACCCAUCACGCCAUUGGCCGCUCCCCCUGACAGACGGCCCCCACGCCCUAUGUAUUUCUCCAUAGCGGGAGGGUGGGCGGGACUUGGGGAGGGACAGGGGGACACCUCUAGAUUAAAGAUUAAGGGGACCCAACCAACACAGAGAAACCAACUAAGGUAGGGACAGAUAGAGGGGGCUACCUACAUUCAGAAGGAAAAGGUUCCAACGCAGAAACAGGUAGGGACAGAUAGAGAAUGAAGAGUGAGGGAAAGAGGGGUAGGUAGAGGCCAGCUAGACUACAGUAGAGGGGGUAGGUAGGGGCCAGCUAG